UUGCAAACAAUUGCUGUUCGAUAAAAAUCGCUCUACAUAGAGUAAUCUCGUUCUCUUUUAUUUGUACAUUAUACUGUCAUCGUUUAUAAUAGACGUAAAAGUUUCACGAGCGGGUUUAUGUGUAUAUGAUAGUUGAAAACCAGCCAAGUUUUUUGUAGCUCCUUAGGAUACACAGUUCAUCAAAGCAACCAGGUUCAUUUGUGCAAAGAAUAGAGCUGUAAUUGAGAAACAUCAUUGUGGAAUUUGACUGUUGAAGAACAACUGAUGGCACAUGAUCAUAAGCUGACAGAUGAAGAAGUGGCCGAAUUCCGAGAAGCUUUUAGUCUUUUUGACAAAAAUGGUGAUGGGACGAUAAGUUCGACCGAACUUGGUACCAUUAUGCGGUCCCUCGGUCAAAAUCCGACCGAGUCAGAACUCCAAGAUAUGAUCAAUGAAGUGGACGUUGACGGCAAUGGAACGAUUGAUUUUGACGAGUUCCUCGACAUGAUGGCCAAAAAGAUGAAGGAGACAGAUAGCGAGGAAGAACUUCGAGAAGCCUUCAGGGUUUUUGACAAGGAUGGAAAUGGGUACAUCAGCUCGGCAGAACUCCGACACGUGAUGACAAAUUUGGGCGAGAAGUUGACAGAUGAGGAGGUGGACGAGAUGAUUCGGGAGGCUGAUCUGGAUGGUGAUGGAACCGUCAACUACGAGGAGUUCGUGACGAUGAUGACAGCAAAGUGAAUCCCUUCAAAACUUACGUGUACUCUCAUUUAUGUGAAUUGUCAUUCAUGUAUUCCUAAAACUUGCAAUAUCCGGACAACAUCAUUUCUGAUAUUUAAUAUAAAAACUUUCCUUUUAUGUUCUUGAAAUGUUUUCUUUUUAUUUUUGGCCGAGUGAUACGAAAGAAGCAAAAUUUGAUGAAAUUUUUUGCAUG